UCUCCCAAGCUAGCCUCACAAAUUCACAUAUUGCUAGCCCCGGGAUCUUCCAUGUCUCCCCGCUAAACUCCAUCCCUCUCCCUCCUCCUUCCAUUCUUCCCAAUUGCAUCAAUCAAAGAAGGGAUUUUGAUCAGCUUAUAAAGAUGUCGAGAGCGGCGACGGUCCUCGCUCUCCUCCUCUCCUUCUUUGCUCUCUCCAAUGCCGAAGACCCCUACCUUUUCUUCACCUGGAAUGUCACGUACGGCAUCAUCUCCCCCAUGGGGGUCCCAUACCAAGCCAUCAUGAUCAACGGCCAAUUCCCCGGCCCUGUCAUCAAUUGCACCAGCAAUAACAAUAUCGUCAUCAAUGUCUUGAACAACUUAGACGAACCCUUCCUUCUUUCCUGGAAUGGCAUCCAGCACCGUAAGAACUCAUGGCAGGACGGCAUGCCGGGAACCAACUGCCCCAUCCCCCCAGGCCAGAAUUUCACAUAUCACUGGCAACCCAAAGAUCAAAUCGGCACCUUUUUCUACUUCCCUUCCAUCGGCAUGCACAAAGCCGCCGGCGGCUACGGUCUCAUCCGCGUCCACAGCCGCCUCCUCAUCCCCGUCCCAUUCGACCCCCCGGCUGACGAAUUCGACGUCCUCGUCUCCGAUUGGUACGGCCUAAGCCACAAAACUCUAACCCGCAUUCUCGACUCUAGCCGCCGCCUCAGCCGAGCUCGCGCCGUUCUCAUCAACGGCGCUCAAAACUCCGGCGAGUCUCCUGCCUUCACCUUCGAAGCCGGUAAAGUUUAUCGCUUUCGCGUUUGCAACGUCGGCCUGAAGGCUUCUCUUAACCUUCGCAUCCAAGGCCAUAAGCUGAAAUUGGUCGAGGUGGACGGCAGCCACACGAUGCAGAACGUGUACGAUAACCUCGAUGUCCACGCCGGGCAAUGCUACUCUGUUCUGGUCACCGCCGACCAACCUCCCCGCGAUUAUUACCUCGUCGCCUCCACCCGCUUCCAGAAGACGAUUCAAUUAGCCACCGCGAUUAUCCAUUACAGCGGCAGCAACCUCCCAGCAGCCGCCGAGCUCCCACCGGCGCCCAUCAGCUGGGCCUGGUCGCUCAACCAAUGGCGUUCCUUUAGGUGGAAUCUCACCGCAAGCGCGGCUCGGCCCAACCCCCAGGGAUCCUACCAUUACGGCCAAAUUAACAUCACCCGCACCAUAAAGCUCUCCAGCUCGACAUCCAUCGUCGACGGAAAGCUCCGUUUUGCUCUCAACGGGGUUUCUCACCGCGACUCUGAGCUGCCGCUUAAGCUCGCAGAGUACUUCGGAGUGAACGGCAGCGUGCCGGAAUACAACCAGAUCACUGACGACCCAACUUCUCCCGGUACUCCGGUGAAGUUAGUUCCUAAUGUCAUAACAGCUGAGUUCAGAACGUUCAUUGAAAUCAUAUUUGAGAAUCCUGAGACUAGUAUUCAGUCUUACCAUCUCGACGGCUACUCCUUCUUUCCGACGGGAAUGGGGCCAGGAAAAUGGACGCCGGAGAGUCGGAGCACUUACAACCUGCUCGACUCCGUGAGCCGACAUACAAUUCAGGUUUACCCCAAGUCCUGGACGGCGAUCAUGCUCACAUUCGAUAACGCUGGCAUGUGGAACCUUCGGUCUGAGAUUUGGGACCGCCGUUACCUCGGCCAGCAGCUGUACAUCAGUGUUCUGUCUCCAGAGCGAUCUCUUAGAGACGAGUAUAACAUGCCGGAGAAUGCACUGCGGUGCGGCGCCGUUCUCGAUUUACCUCUUCCAAAGCCUUACUCUUGAACUGAUUGUUGCAGAAAGAUGCCAUCUUUUGUUGCUCUGGGGUUAUGUGAUUUUGCUUUGGAUUCAUUUGAUUUUUUUUCUUAAUUAACUCUAUGUUUUGUGGGAUCAUUAAAUACUUUUUUCCUUUAAUAUGAAGAUGUUGAGAUGAAUUUAGUUGAAGAGAGAAGGUAUAGCAAAUAUCAAAGGCAUGGUGAGUCAAUGAAGCAAUCCAUGUAUACCUUUGUAUAUUUAUGA